AUUCUAGUUUACCAUCUAAGUUACUCCAAUUUCGCGGAGAGGGUAUAUUUGCAAACUGUCAAUAUGUCAUAUCAGUUCCGCGCUUUUCUGUUCAUUAAAUGAAUUUUCAUUUAUAAAAUAUGUAAUAUUUUAGUGAAAUGAAAGAUUUACGGAAUAUGAUUUUAUAUUAUAAAUAUAGUUUAGAUAGAAAGUUAUAGAAUAAAACACUAUAUUGUUUAUUCAUAUUGAGUAUGCAUGGUUUCAUUUAGUUUGUUGGUGGCAAAAUGUCCACGUCAGAAUCUGGUGUGGGAUGUAUUAGUGAAGUUACACUUGCAAUUAGUAAAGCAAGGGGUUCUCAAUCAGGCACUGUAAGAGUACUGGAUAGUCCAGACUCUGAUGGAUCUGGGCAUUCAAAUUCAUUUACUGUACAGAGGUUUAAUUAUCCUAAUAAUGAUAAUGCAAAUUCCGAUAUUUUACAUCCUCCACUAACUAGUGAUGAUGUAAGAAUACCAAUUGUUGGAUAUGAAGUUAUGGAAGAAAGAGCUAGGUUUACGGUUUAUAAAUUACGAGUGGAAUUAAAAAACGGAGACUGUUGGUUUGUAUUUAGAAGGUACACAGAUUUUGUUCGUUUACUAUCACAAUUAAGAAGGCAGAAAAUUCCAGUUUCUCAAUUAAGUUUACCAAGGAAAAAGUGGCUUGGUGAUAAUUUUGCUCCAAGUUUCCUAGAAGAAAGAAUACGGGGUCUUCAAGCAUUUGUUAAUGGAAUAUUAAGCAGUCCUCUUCUCAUAGGAACUGCAUGUGUCAGAGAAUUCUUCUGUUUGGAUGAGCCACCUGCUUUAUCUGACACAGCAGAAGAAUCUAGAGCAAUUUUUGAAGCAUUAGAAGAUACUAUAUAUCAUUUAAGACAGCAAUUAAGAGAAAGAGAUGCUGCACUUGCAGCUGAAACAGCUUUAUGCAAUGAAUUUCGGAAAAAGUUACAUCAAAUAUUGAGUGAAAGACAAACCUGUCAAAAAUGUGGUGCAUCUCAGCCAUAAUUUCUUAUGAACUAUUUUGUUAUAUGAUAUUGAUAAAAUUUAUUACACAGAGACUGGUAUAAAUAGACAAUUUUAGUUUUACUAUCUUUGUUUAAAUUCUUACAAUAUAAGUAAUUGUUAUGUGUUUACGAUUUGUUAAAAGUGCAUGUAGCAUAUUUCAUCCGUUCAGUCAUGCAUUUUUUGUUCUAUUUUUGUUCUAUUUUAUACAAAAUAACUUAAUUUUUAUAUGAAGUGAUAUGUAUAAGAUUCCUUAAUAUAAUAAGUACACUGAGCUUGCUUAGCAUAAAAUUUACAUGGUAAUUACAAAAAGCCUUAUAGAGGUGCCUUACAAUUCUAAUAGAUAAACAUUUGUAUAUGUCACCAUACUCUGUAGUCAAAGUUUAAAAUUGACAAG